AAAUCAAAACUCCGGGAAAACAUCAGCCGACCACCGUACAAGUGCGAGUCAGAGUUUUCGCGAAAAAACAGGAAAAGCUUGAUCAGCAAAAUUGUUUAUCCAUCGACUGUGUGAUUUAAAAGUGAAAUCUUCGGUGAAAUAGUGCCCCGAGGAUUGAUAUUCGUGAACUCUAGCGCUUCGAUUCCAGCAAACAAUCAUCAAAAUGUCUAGCACAUCCCAGAAGCAUAGAAAUUUCGUAGCGGAACCGAUGGGUGACAAACCGGUGACGGAUCUCGCCGGUGUGGGUGAUGUCCUCGGGAAACGAUUAGAUGCUGCCGGAUUUGACAAGGCUUACACCGUGCUUGGCCAGUAUCUGCUGCUGAAAAAGGACGCCGAGCUGUUCAAGGAUUGGAUGAAGGAUACCUGUGGCGCCAACUCGAAGCAAGCCGCCGACUGUUACCAGUGUCUAAACGAUUGGUGCGAGGAGUUCUUGUAAAAACCCCGGCUCCAAAUCUUGCGGGUGUUGUCAUUUAAUGUGUCCUUUGUCGGUUUUUGUGUUCCAUUCGUGUCCCGAUUUUAAUUCCAAAACUUUCCAGAAUUCUCUCUUUAUGUUCUAAUUUGACCAGAUAAUGCUAAGCGUAUGACCAUAUUAUAUUAAUUUACUGAUACGUGUCCAAAUAUUUUUGUUGUUACAAUAUAAUGACUAAUAACGUAAA